CCGCAUUGCCAGUCAGAUACGGCCAGGAAAGUCAGUGCGCACUGUGCAAGUAUGCUCCUAUGCCGGCGAGGAUGCCUCUUGGUCCCAAUCUUUGUUAUUGAUUUUUUUCUAAUGUUUUUUUUUUUUUUUUUUUUUUUUUCAAUUUUUAUAUAGUUCUGAGCUGCUUAACGCCUGCUUGUUGUCUUUUGUUGCUGUUUUUUUUUUUUUAACUUCUUUAUCAUUUUUUUUUUCCAGGCUGCAGAGGAGCCCACAAGCACAAUGCUGUCAGUCGACUUGCUGAAGGAUAGCCCUCGUGUUGCUCCUCAGGAGAAAGAAACGUUCGCUGAACCUUCUCCCGAACCUUCUCCAGAACUUUCUCCAGAACCUACCCGAAGGGAUCGAGGAAUGGCGCAGUAUGAGUCGCUGAAGGCAGACUUAUUUCGGCUUACACGUGGCACAGCCUUGGCGUGCACGAUCUAUGCUCUUGUCACGGUAUCGUUAAAGGCAGCUGCCAGCUAUGGGAUUGGAGCUCUAGGCAGGAUAGGCGUCGACAGCCGAACUUUGUCGGAUGCUUUGGAGAAAGGUGUCGAGGCGAUCGGGUUUUCUCUGGGAAACGUACGGUUGCUUGUCCCAGUGGGGCUGAUGCUUCUUGGAUGCUUCUCCCAGUCGGAAACGGCGGAGAAAGGACUUCACCUGCAGGUGGAGAAGGAGAACAAGAGAAGAAGAAAGAAAGGAGGAGGACGAGGAGGAGAAGGAAGAAAGAGGUUCACCUCCUCUGAAGGAGGAGGAGAAGGAGGAGGGGAAGGAGAAGGAGAUGGUCGACGGAGGAGGAGCAGGAGAAGGAGAUGGACGACGGAGGAGGAGGAGGAGGAGGAGGAAGAGGAGGAGGAGGAGGAGGAGAUGGUCGACAAGGGAGGAGGGGCUCACCUUCUCGCGAUGGAGACCACGACGAGGAGAAGCGGUGGCGCAGCGGCAGCCCGCGAUGACGAGGCGCGGCGUUCAAAGGAGUGGCGGCUACAAGACAGGCAGACGCUCCGAGCCCGUAGUGUUGCCGCCUGAGCGCGACAUUGAAUUCGAACCGCGGGGGCGGGAUUCGAAUUCAAACUG